AUGGCUGAGGCUUUUCUUAAGGUUAAGGCUCACACAGAAGAUAAUCCAGUCUACACAAAAGCAAACUUAUUAUUAAAAGCAAUUGAGCAAGUUCUCCCCAAUAAAACUCCUACACUUUAUUAUGCAAGCAUCCUUGAUCUUGUGGAAAAUCCACAAGACAUUUUGCAUCAAGAAGCUUCCUUGAUUCUUUUAGCUUGUUCUCUCCAGCCAAUUUCCAUUUCCCUCCUCCAAAAAGAGUUUGACCGUAUAAAAAAUGGUCUUAUAUUAUUUUAUUAAAAAAAACACUUUAUUUAUUUUUCUAAAAAUAAUUCUAACCUCCCUCUGUGAGUUGGCAAAGUCAUUGGGAAAAAUCAAUAUUUUUUUUCCCAAAAAGUCCCACCUCCGUUAGUGAACGAAAAUUUUUUAAUAUAAAAGUUUUAUGAAAAAUAUUUUUUAUAUAUAAGUGAUAAUUAUUAUAAAAAAAAUCUCUUGCUAAUUCUGUUUAAUUUUAUAGGUUGAUAUUUUAAAACAUCAAUUUAACAAAUUAAGUUAAUAUUUGUUUCGAAAUUAUUUCUUAUUUUAAUUUUUUUAAAAAUUGAAAAAAAAAUUAUAUAAUUUUUUAAAACAAAUUAACCUCCUCUACGAGCAAAAUAUUUGUGCUCUAACGGAGAAGGGAAUAAGUAAAAAUAGAGAAAAUUGCAAAUGAAAAAUUUCAAUAAUUCUUCAUCCUAGUAAUAAUAAAAAAUGACGUGAUCCACCUCUUAAGAGAAGACUCGCCGUAUUUAGGAAAAUACUCUGUCAAGGUCCUAGAAAGAUUAAUACAGGUUAUUCCUAAAGAAGAGUGGCAAAAUUGGGGAGAAAAAGCUAAAAUCCUAGAAAUUAUGGUGGAUUUAAUCAUGCACCCAAAUUCACAUGCAAGAAAGCAAGCAAUCACCUCUCUAGUUAAACUCCUUACUUCGCCCUCUCUGUGAGCGAGCAAGACAUUGAAAAAAUUCCUAUUUUUUUGCCAAAACCCACUCUCCGUGAGCAAACAAAAAUUUUUGAUUUAUAAGUGAUAAUUAAUAUAACAAAAUAUCUAGCUAAUUCUGUUUAAUUUUAACCAAUUGUGUUUUAAUACAUAAAUUUUGCAAAUUAAAUUAAUAUUUGCAUUCCAAUUUUAGCGAAUUGGGAUUAUUUAUUACAAAAUUUAUAUAUAAAUUUUUUAAAAAAAUUAUACCCUUACGCGAGAAAACAAAAUUUUUUGUUCACUUACGGAGCAGGAUUUAGAAAAGGCUUAAUCAAUGUCCCAAUCAUUUCAGAAUACAUCGUAAAUAAAAUGAACGAGUAUAUGGACAUGCAGCAAACCCACGCAAAAACAGAGAGUUUAAUAUACAUUUUACAAUUUUUAAGCGCAUUUUUACAAAUGCUCCCUAUAGAUUCCACUAUAUUCCUUGCCUCAAAAGUAAUGAGCCUUGCCACAUUAAACUUAACGAUAAACCUUUCAACCCAAGCCUUUUUGACAUUAGAAACUUUAUUUGCAGGCACAAAGCUUCCUUUAGACGUGAUUCAUCGGUUUAUUAUUGACUUACUAGAAAACCCACCCCUUUCCGGAGGGAAUGAAAAAUUACAAAUUGCCUAUAUGCAAGCUCUAAGCCAAGCUGUUUAUCAUUUUAAUAGCUUAGAUAGCGCAGAAUGCUAUAAAGUGCUUAGUCAGAGUAUAUCAACACUUACCGAAUAUUUAUUAUCAAAUCAAUUAGACGUCCAGCAUGCAGCCUCAAAUUCAUUAGUAUCAGUAAUUUCAAGGUGUAUUACAGAGAACCAUGCAAAAGAAUUAAACCCAUUGGAUGAGCUGGCUUUAAGCUUUGAUGUACUUAAUAUUGAAGAUAGUGGAGUUUUGCCUAUACAAAGAAUUACAGCUACUAUGGUUUAUUUAUUAAAUGAAAGAUUUUCUGAUAUUUUAGAAAUGAUUUUCCCUAUUUUAGCAAUUUUUAUUGAAAGACUUGGCCCGAAUUCUGAGCAUAUUGUGCAGAGAUUGCUACAAGAAAUUGAUCAGUUAGCAGUGAAAAACCAUAAAUAUGAGACGUUUAGCAGAUUGGUAGGAACAGCUAUAAAUACGCUAGGUGUUAACAAGUUUUUUAAUAUAAUUCCUUUACAAAUGAACUUGGUUUCUUUAGAAGACCCAAAUUUCUUACUCCUUCCCUCCGUGCGCGAACAAAACCAAGGAAAAAUCUCUAUUUUUGGCCAAAAGCCCACCCAGUGAGUGAACAAAAAAAUUUUUUUAAUAUUAAAAUUUUUGAUAAUUAUUAUAAUGAGAUCCCUAGUUAUUUUGCUGAAAUUCAUUGCACUAGUAAAUAUAAAUUUUGCAAGCUAAUUAAUCUUUGGUUUCAAAAUUCAAAAAAAUAAAUUGGAGAACUUUUGGGGACGGCAAAAAUACUGCAAGGCUCUGCAAAAAACUGCAAGGCAGUAAAAAAAUGGCAAAGCCAAGCAAAAAAAUGCAAAACUUGCAAAAUUUUUGCAAGUUUAUCAAAAAACAUUGGAAAAAAGUGCAAGCAAUUUUAAAAAAAAAGCAAAGCCAUGCAAAAAUUUUAAAAAAAAAUGAAAAAUUUCGCAAAGCAGGCAAAACUUUUGCAGAAUGGCAAAAAAGUUGCAAAAAUUGGCAAAAUCACGAUUAGAAAAUUUAACAGUAAAAUUUAAUAAUUUAUUGGAAGUGUAGUACAAUGUUAAAUGAUUUAAACAGCAUAUAAUAUAGAAAAAAUAGAAAUUAAUUUCGUGAAAUAAAUGCUAAAGUUUAAUACAAAUAUCUUUUAAAGAAAUUUUUCAAAAAACAUAACUUAAGAAUUUUCAAAAUUUUGGAAAAUUUAAAUUUGGCAAAACACUUUGUUGUAUCUCAUUUUAAAAUUUUUGCCAAAAUUAAAUUUUUCCAAAUUUGAAAAUUUUUAAGUCAUGCUUUUAGAAAAAUUCUUUAAAAGAUAUUUGUAUUAAAACUUUAGCAUUUAUUUCACGAAAUUAAUUUCUAUUUUUUCUAUAUUAUAUGCUUUUUAAAUCAUUUAACAUUGUACUACACUUCCAAUAAAUUAUUAAAUUUCACUGUUAAAUUUUCUAAUCGUGAUUUUGCCAAUUUUUGCAACUUUUUUGCCAUUCUGCAAAAGUUUUGCCUGCUUUGCGAAAUUUUUCAUUUUUUUAAAAUUUUUGCAUGGCUUUGCCAUUUUUUUACUGGCCUUGCAGUUUUUUGCAGUAUUUUUGCCGUCCCCAAAAGUUCUCCAAAUAAAUUAUUAUAAAAAUUUAUAUAUAAAUUUUUAAAAAAUAAAAUUAAGGCCCUUUCGUGAGCAAAAAAAAUAUUUUUAUUCAAUCUAGAGGGGGGAGUUAGAAAAAUCAAGAUCAUGGAUUUUGCCUAUUCUUAUUGACCGUUUAAAUAAUGGUGACUUAGGCUUUUUCUUUACAAAAAUGUUCCCUAUUGCUGAACAGAUUGAAAGACAGCAAAAUCAAGCUUUAAAUGAAGGCCUUGUAACAGCUUCUAAAAAAUAUCAAGCUUUAAUAGAACAAAUAUGAAGCACUUUUCCAGCUUUCUGCAAAAUUAAAUACUGGACACAAGAUUAUCAAAAUUAUUUACAUUCUUUACUUCCCACACUCUCAAAAAUCAUAUCAAGAGGCACGUAUCUUAGGCCUUACAUAUUAAAAGGCCUUGAAGUCUGUCUAGUGCCAAGAAACGAGCCAAUAUUCGAGUCAGUCCAAGACAAAUUUAUCCCAGUUUUAUUUAACAGCUACUUGGCUUCCCCAAGUAAAGAAGUCUUAUCAUUUAUCCUAAAAUAUCCAGCUCAUCCUGAUUAUGCUGAAAAAUUAGUAAAAGUGCUGAUCGAUAAAACUAUAAAAAUAAAAAGAGACCCUAAAGGCAAAAUGGAAGACAUAUUACUCCAUAUGAUUUUAAUUACAAAAAUGCUACCAAAAUUGAAAAUAAUUUCGGAAAGCGAUAACUUUCCCCCGCCUUUUAAAUUGAAACAAAAAAAAACCCUGUUCCAAUAAAAGACUUUUUUAUUUUUAAAAAUUUAUAAAAAAUAAAUGAAACGAAAUAUUUGAAUAUUAAUUUUUUUAUGAAAAUUAAUAUAAAGAGUUAAUUGAAUAAGUCAGAAAACUGUUCAAAUAAUAUUCUGCUUCUUUCACUAUAUUAGAUAAAAACUUGUUAUACAAAAAAUUAGUAUUUUUACUGAUUUAAAAAUUAAAAUUUUGUUUCUAUUUAAAAGGAGGCUAGUGCACCCAAAAAUUAAAAAUUUUUAUCAAUUUUUUUUUACCCAUUUAAAUGCACAGUAAGGAAAUUCUAAUCAGAUUUGCUAAUGUUUUCAUAGAGAAUGAUCAAGGAAAAAUGCAGAAAAAAGCUUAUGAUGUAAUGAGAUUGAUAUGCAAAGCUGACUCUAAAUUAGUAGAAAGCAUAGUUAUGAGUAAUUCAAUCACAAAAUGCCACGAAGUAGCUAGAAAAGCUAGAUUAAGAGUAUUUGAUGAAUUAACAAACCAUUGGAAUUACCAAGAACUUACUGAAAAAUUAAAUACAUUAAUUAUAGAAAUCAUGCACUCUUUAAGAUCCAAUAGCAAAAAAACCAGAGAAACUUCAAAAGGAUUUAUCCUUAAAAUCGGAGAAUUUAUGAGUAACCAAGGACAAUUUUUAAUCCUUGUAAACACAGUUCUAGCUGGCCUAGCUUCUGUAAUUGAUACCACAAAAUCUGCAACAAUUGAUAUCCUUUCUUGCCUUCUUCGUCAUUUUAUUAAAAACGAAGAACAAUCAGGCCAAAACAUUUUUGACUCUUAUGACAGCCAGCAAAAUUAUUUAUGUGAAUUAUGCACAACUAUCAGCUAUCUCCUGGCAGAUCCAAGCAAAGAAGUAAACAGAGCUGUGCUAAAAUUCUUUAAAGAUAUCAUUUCUUUGCUAAGUACAGAAAAAGCGAUAUCAAUACUAGACAAAGUUUUGGGAGGAAUUUUCUCAAAUAUGGUAUUCAGUGUUACCUAUUUUUUAGCAUUUUUAUUUUUUUUAUAAAUUUAUUUUCCGAAAAUAUAAUAUUUUGGCGUGAAAAAAUGAUUUUUAUAUUGCUAGACUAUGGCAAUAAAAACCUAAUAAAUAAUAGAAAAAAAUACACUAAAAGUCAAAGUCAGAUAUGUAAUAGAAAAACUUUUAAAGAAAAUCGGGUAUGAAGAAUUAGAAAAAAGAUUCCCAGAGAAACACAAAAAAUUAUUGCACUAUAUCGCAAGAGAUGUGAAGAAAAAACACAAAAAAGAAAAUAAAGCUAAAAAAGAAAAGGAGCAGGAAAAAGAUGAAGAAAUGAUAGACGUAGAUAACCCUAUCAGAGAAGAAAAACAAGCUCCAGCGCCUGCUCUUCCUAGAGAGUAUCAUUUUAUGAACGAAUUAGAUAUCCCAGCAAUGCCAAAAAUAAAACAAAAGACUCAAACAAAUAAAUCAAAAGACGUGCAAAUUGUCGGAGGAAAAUUCGUUAUUAAUGAAGAUCCUGAGAAGCGUCAGCGCUCAGAUUCUGAAAAUGAAGAGCAAACUGAUGAAGUUUUAUACCAAAUAAAAAUAAUUAAUUAAUUUAUUUAUAUAAUAGCUUUUUCCCUAUAGCAUGCUUUGAAACACCCCAAUAGGCAUAUAUAAAAAACGGAAAGUAAAUGAUGAUGGCAUCGUUGUAAAUUCCACAGGCGACGAAUAUAAAUCAAACAGUGCAAAAGGUGACAUGAACAAGCCAGGAAAAGCCACUCCUCACGCAUAUGUUCAAUUUAACGCAAAAAUCCUGAACAAGCGCAAGCGUGUCAAGAUUGCGAAUAAAAUGAAUAAUUUGAUUAAAACAGCCAAACAAGGUGUUCUGAAAGGUUUGAAAGCAAGAAAAAGAAAAAAUGCUUAA